AUGAGCACCAUCGAGCAGUGUCCUGCUGAGACAAUCGACAAUAUCGUCUCGUUUCUCAACUUGCGCGAUAUUUGCAAUCUCCGCCUCACGAGCCGCGGCCUGGCACUCAGGGUCUCCGUAGCCCCGUCUCUCGGAUCCUACCUGGAGCAAAGACAGGUCGACGUUACAGAGCGCAGCCUCCGGGCCGUAGCAGAGGCAACAGCAAAGCCCGGCCGACUAGGUUGUUUCAUUGACGACUUGGUACUGGUCGGCGUGGUGAACAACACCAAAUUCCUCACGCAAGAGGUCAAGUAUGCUGCAGAGGGCACAGGGCAGCGCGCAAAGGCGCAGCAGGACUUCGGGAUCCUGACUCGACGGCAAACAGAGCGCCGGGGUCUCCGCUCCUUAUCCCUGGCAGUCGUGGUGUAUCCUGCCGCCGACACGUUCCUUACGGCGCUAGCGGCGUUCGCGGCAAGUUGGAUCGCGGUGCAGCGGCUCGACGUCUACAACGGUGUAGAGCGGUGCAGCCUGGCGUGCAACGAGCCUAGUGCCAUGAACUUUGAAUUCAACACGCUAGUAACGUCACUCGUAUCGCUGAAGACACUCGCCGUAAGCUUCUUGGAUCGGGUCAUCAAUCCAAGGACAGAGGAUUUCGGCCUGACAGGCGACUCAGCGGAUGAGUGGGACGAGUAUUAG